CACGUUACUGUGAAGUCUACCUUGUAAUCCAAAUUACCUUAGGAUUGAAAGCAAACAACCCCAGACUAAAAGACUAAAGCACGUUUGAUUUGUAUUCAUUCGGAAGUUUUAGGAGCUUUCAAUCUUCGGGUCACCUCAAUGAGUGGUAUAGUUGGAUCAACUCGUGGUCUUGGAAGUAAGUAUGGACUCGGCGGCAGUUCUCUGGGGUCAUCCAGUGAGGUCGUACAAAUACGUUUACAGGGUGAUUCUUAUCCCAGUAGCGAUUCCUUGGGAGUAUCUGGAAUGGAUAUGUUUGGUGGACUAUCCGGUUAUGGUGUUUCUUCCAGUGUACCCUAUUAUGUUGACUCAGUGGGUGGAAGUGUGUGUCUAGGUGGGGGAAUGUUGGGAUUCGAUGAUGAAAUCGGUCACUCAGGACUAGAUAGUAGUGAACUUGUUCAGUUAUUGGGAGGAAGUCAAGCUAUCGCCCAGCUCUCAGAUAGUCAGUUAGAAGAACUUGGUCGUGCACAAUUUACUAUCGUGGAUCCUAGGACUGACAGUGAACUAGCAAAUUGUCCACUAACUUUAUCAGUAGAAGAAGAUGAUCGACCUCUAGAUGAAGAUGAAAUCUUGUAUGUAACCAAAACAAAAUGUUUAGAUCGUGUUCGUGUCCUGUCUGUGCCAGCUUCCGGAUAUACGAGUAUAAAUACUGGUGAUCUUGUUAAAUGCAUCAAUUUACGUGAAUUGGAUUUGUCAGAGAAUGCAUUACGUGUUUUCCCUAGACGUCUGCAUUUACCACGGUUAACAAAACUCAGCAUUACAGGGAAUAGAUUUAUCCACCUCCCAUUGUUUGAACAAUUUCCCAAACUAACUCGACUGAAUAUAGACGACAGACUAAAACAAUUACUAAACCCUCAAAUGUUGGUCUAUUUUUGUCCGAAACUUAAGUAUAUUAAUGGAAUAUAUUUUGAAGAAACACCAACUGAUUUCACAGUUCGUAUUAUUCACGAAGCACGAUCAAUGAUUGAACCUAUUAUAAAAUCAAAAUGGGAAACAGAUUUCGCUGAUCAGUAUCCUUUUGUUAAGAAUCGAGAAGAACGUAUUUCAUUAAUUGAAAACAUGAUGGAGCACAUAAAAGAGCGCAAUUUUCUGGUCGGUGAAGCCUUAAACAAGUAUAAAGAUUUAUUGUUGUUUCGUUGUAUUGACGAAUUUCUACGAUCCAAGAUAUAUGAUGCCACCGAUACGGAAUUAUUGCAUGCAGUUGAUUCUCUGGACAUUCCUAGACCAAUUAAAAAUGCAGAGAGUGCUACGACUGUCACUGAUGCUACCGCAAUUACUUCUGAUGUCACAAAUAAAUUAGUUGCCAAAUCAGAUGAAUCCACCACUAAUGAGAAUUAUCCUUUGACAGAAACCAAUGCAAACAACAUGACUGAUAACUUGUUGAUUAAUUCAGUUGACGAUAACACAAUGACUGCCACUAAUAACAAUGAUAAUGAUGACACUGUUGUUGCUGCUACUAUUACUACCACCACUGCUACUAUCACUACCCAACAUAAAAAUAUUGAUUCGCUACAGUUAAGUACAAAACUAUCAGCGUGUGAUUUAGAAUCUGACGAUAUACAAGAUGAUGACGAAGAAGAAAAAGAAGCAGCUGCACGAGCUGCCAAUGAAUGUGCACUGUUUGACGCUACCGACGAAUUAUUGGGUACACAUUUGCCUGAUUUACAAUUAUUAGCUCAAAGUGCUAAUCAAUUGCAAACUACUUUUUUUGUGGACUCAAUGGGUCGUUUACAUCAACAGCAAGUACUUCUUACUCCAAAUGGUGCUUGUCAAUUAGGUUUACAAACUAAUGGACUAUCAAACUACCAGUUACAUUUAGGACGGUCUUUACGUCAGGGUCGUUCUAUAGUUAUGACUGUUGUUCGUCCACGUGGCAUCAGCGGACGCCCAGUGGCUGAAUUUUUGCCUGGUGAACUGCGUAAUAAGGAUUAUGUCAAAGGUUACAUGGCUUCUGAAAUAUACAAAAAAGCUGUCAAAGAUACUUUAGGUCAAAAAACAACUCCCAAGAAACGUUCUGGAACUGGCAAAAUUCGAAAAUCCGAUCAAAUUAGUACAUCUGCAGGAGAACGUUCUUGGCCUGGAUCGACAACAUCUAAUACGAUUCCACUAGGUGAACUUAACACUGAAGUGGAUAAUACAGGAACAACUACCAAAAGAGUAAAUUGCACAUCUAACCAGAUGGCGAGUUCACGAACUGGAUCAAGUCGACCAGGUAAAGUUGAAUUUGAUGUUGGCGAAGACACAGAUGGCGCCACAGGUGGUCUUCCUCCUCGACCGAAGAAACGGAAAUCUAUGGGAAUGCAUAGAAGCUUAAGAGAUCUUUGUUCAGAUGCCCCAUAUUCAGCUGAUGCCUAUAAUAAUACUACUGCUAAUACAGUUGUUGGCGGUGGUCCUAGAUCUGAUGCAACUCCAAUCGACUAUGAUCCACUACACUUCAUUCGUUGUCAUGCAAAGGACAAUGAUGCAGGAGAUAGUGAAACUAAAGUUUGGCGUUGUUUAUUUGAACCAAAUCCAAUGAGACCAGAUGAAACAACUCAUGUAGUUGCAACUUGUGGUGGUGAAUGUGUCUGUUUAAUCAAUUGUGAAACCGGCAAAGUUAUGAAACGUUUUAAACAUAUGGAAGAGGAAUUUUAUACCAUAGCCUGGACAACUGUUGAAGUUGAAGGCAGUAAACGUACUAAUAUACUGGCUGCUGCUGGUCGUAUGCAUGAGAUCAGACUACUUCAUCCUGAACAAUUGGUUUGUUAUGCUGAAAUGAAAGGUCAUACUGAGGAUGUAACAGCUAUGAUAUUUCAUCAAACACAAUCUACAAUUUUAUUCAGUGGAGAUUCUAAGGCAUCUGUUAUUGUAUGGGAUAUUGGAAUUCCAUCUGUACCAGACUAUAAAACACGUUAUCAACUAUUAAUGCGUCUUCGUUGUCCUAGAUUAGAUGUGAAUCCUGUAUUAAAUCUUGUCUUUCUUCCACAUUAUGCCUAUUUAAUAGCUGGUUGUGAAGAUGGACUAUUCGCAUGGAAGAUAACUGAUCUACGUUUAGAGAAACGAGAACGUGAACCGGAUAUGGAGUUAAAAUUAGACUUUAAUCAUGAAGUUUGCAUUGAUGCUUUAGCUCAACUAAGUGAUAAUGCAUUAGUUUUGAAAGUAGUAGAAUCCGGUGAAAUUAUGGUGUUCGAUUUUGCAUCGAUUUUGGAACGACGUAAAGGACUUCAGCGUGUUGUCCCUAUUGAAAUGCGAGGUCAUUUAUUAUGGCAGAAAACAGAUGAGAUCUACAUCAAUGUAUCUGUUAGACAAAAUCUAGGUGCUGUUCUAUGCGGUGAUAAUGAAGGUUCAAUUUGGAUAUAUGACUUGGAUCCAUACUUGGAUGAUUUACAUUCUUCAAGUCGUAAACGUUUUCAUGUAAAACCAAUUAAGAUUCUUGAAUGGCCUGAAUGUUCAGUUCAAGGAAAUCGUGAUGAAGAUCAACAACUGAAAGAAAGUAUCACAUCAGGUUUUCGUAAUCCUGUUGUUAAUUCCGUUGAAAUGAGUUCAGAUGGUUAUUACUUAGCAGCUGUAACUGAUAACAAUCUUGUAUGCAUAUGGCGGUAUGCUCCACCUCAGCAACAACAACAACAACAAUACUCUCAAAUAAUUCAACAAACUACAACAUCAAUGCAUCAAACUAUUCCACAUACCAACAAUCAUUUAACAGCUAUCAAUAAUGCUAUUGUUACUGGUUCUACUGGUCUAGUCAAUGGUACAUCAUCUUCAACUGUCGCAUGCAUGGAGAUUUUAAACAACAAUAACUCAUCAACUACUUUAGAAUCGAAUGUCAUUGAACUUGUUACCGGUCAACAUUUGUUAGAAUAAACAUCAACAUUAUGAUAAUGUUGUACCAUUGGUUGUGUAUUUUUGAUACUGUUGUUUCACUUUCCAUAUAUAUAUAUAUAUAUAUAUAUAUAUAUAUAUAUAUAUAUAUAUAUGAGAGUGUGACACAAGAACAUCUGCAUAGAAAGUGAAACAGCGGUAUCAAAACUACACCAGCAAUGAUACAACAUUAUCAUAAUAAUGAUGUUCAUUCUAACAAAUGUCGAUUUGUAUAGAACUCAGUUAUUGACUUCAGCUAGACGCUGAAAAUAUACGUUCAUUUUUAUAUAUGCAAUUAUCACACCCUUUCUUUUGUUCUUAUAUUUUAAACCUUAUCUACCAUUUCAUACGUAUUCACUUCCAUAAUUAUUUCAAAGAAUCAUGCCUCACUUAUUGUCCUUAUAUGUUACAAUAUCUGUACACAUCAUCUUAGUUACAUUGUUACCAGCAAAAAUAGGUGAGUGGUUACUGUCACUCUCUCCUUCACUGUCAUAUAUACUUAUAUAUGACAGUUAUUUUUGUACGUUCUUACUCUCUGAUAUGUAUGCAUAAUCCACAGUUUGUUUGUUGUUUGCAUAAAAUAUCUCUUUUUUUUUACUGUCAUUUAUACUUAUUCAAUAUUGAUAAAGUAGUAUAUAUUACUAUUCUUACCACAAUAAAGAAACAAUAUUAUUAUCUUUAUUAUGCCUACAAAUUGUAAUGUUCAAUAUUUCAUUUCAAAACAAAUUAUUCUAAUUUGUUUCUUAUCUAUAUUGUGUGUAUAAUAUAUCUUCAUCCUAUUAUUUACGUACAUGUACAUGUUAAGAACGCAUAAUCAAUGUUAUUGUUAUCAUCAAA